AUGGCAUUGGAAAGAUUUAUCCUUGACCGGCUUUUCAGCUCAGGAGCAACAAAGACUAAAGAAUGUGUUGAAUCAGAGGAAGGUUUUUCUCACAGUCAAGUAGAAGAAUCAGUGGAUCAUUUGCUCCUAACUUGUGAAGUUGCUCAGAAAUGCUGGUCCAAACUUCAAAGGAAGUUACAUUGGCAGGGGCCACUCCAGUGCUCAUUAAAAGAGGUCUUUAAGAGCUGGCCAAAACAAACAAGGAAGUCAACCCUCUCAUGUGUUUGGAAAGUAAUCCCAUCUAUAGUUAUUUGGGAGAUUUGGAAGGAAAGAAACCAUCGAAUAUUUCAAGACAAGAUAGAAGAUGAGAGAAGAUUGUUAUCAAGGAUAAAUAGAGCUAUUGAAGAGGUGGUGGGAUCAACAGCUUCAAAAUCCUCCUCAUUAUCCAACUCCUUUUCUUCAAUGGAUAGAAUUAUUCAAAAAGCAUGGCUAGGAAUCAAAAUUAGACAUGGUGCAACAUCAAAUAAUAAGAGAAGUAAGGGACGUUUAGAAAAGGUCCAAUGGAAACCACCAAAGAAGGGAUGGGUAAAAGUAAAUUUUGAUGGAGCAGCACAACAAUCAGGGCAGCUAGCAGGGGCCGGAUUUGCAUUAUGGGAUGACAAUGGAUAUCUCUUAAAAUAUGGAGCUAAAAGACUUUGGAGGAGCACCAACAAUGAGGCAGAAGCCCAAGCGGCCAUACUGGGUAUAGAAUUAGCAUAA